AUGAAGCUUCACCUUCAGUACAUGGGAGCCGAUAAAUCCCCCGCGGUCCCCCAGACUCCGGCUGACCUCGCAGCUUUCAGGCUGGAGACGACGAGUAUCAAGACAAGGAAGUUAACCAGAGAUAUCUUCAAGCGCGAAGAGCUGAGCCAGCGGAAAAAAGAGGCACAGGGAGAAGACGCCACCAAGCUUCAACCCAAGCUGGUGCUGUUCAACGGUAAGACAUUUGGCGAUGCCCUGUCACCCUUCUUUGCUGCGGAGAGCUGGUUCAACCGAGCACAGCCUGGCGGCCAUGAAGCACAGGCGGGGUGGCCCACAAUGGCAGAUUUCAAAGAGGAUGGCGACCACAGAGCGCCUCGACACGGUCGAUAUUUCCCCCUUCCUCGGAUCCCUGCUACUACAUUCCCGACCCGGGAUCAUUCCAAUGGCGAGAUAUCCAGUCUUGACACAGGCAUUAAGCAGGAGAAGGGGGCAGUCAAGUGCGAUGCUCGGUUCAUACUGCCCCUCUUCCAUACCACGGAGGGGCCAGAGGAUGAGCAAGAUAAUUUCCCAGAGGACUCCGGGUUGGCCAGGGUGCCCCCCUGCUUUUAUCAAUUGUUAGAAUACAUUGAGAACGAAUUUAUGGACGAAGAGGAAACAGAAGUCUUCAAGUAA